CCCAAAUAUUUCUGAGAGAUCUCUGCAUCCAGAAACCAUCUUCUGAUAAUAUGUACCAGGCAGGUAGUAUCUGUGUUGUAAAUUAAUGUGAAAUGACAACCUGAAAUUAAGUGGUCCAAUAUGCUUACAAGUCUUUGAGUUGGAUCCAGCCUAACUGAACUAGUUGCCCUUAUGUCCCAUGAGAAUCCAUGUGAAAAAAUAGUUAUGAUGACCUGCUUAAAUCCCACUGAUUGCAAAGGGAAUUAGGUGCAACUAUCUAGGCUGGAUUUUUCCCAAAACAUCUGCACUGGUUGCCCAGAACCCUAGAGCUGUGAAUAGUAGAUACAUAUACCUGCACAUUUCCCCCUAGUGUAAGGUUACCAGACGUCCCUGUUUCCUGGGGACAGUCCCCAGAUGUACAAAUCAGUCCCCAUACAAAAUCCAUUGAAGUUGAAAAGUGUCCCUGGAUUCACUGAAAAAAAUCUGGUAACCUUACCCUAGUGACUGUAAGGAAAAAGGGGGCAGGAUUUAGUAUUAUUUCAGCUUAAUGUAUAGAUUAAAGGGUCUAAUACUCUUAUUUGGGGGCAUUUCAGUAACAGGUAACCUAUGUAUGGCCUUAGGCAGUCAUCAUUUUACAGAAAAUCAGCUUAGCCCACAGGACUCAGUCUGUGUCUGGGACGUGAUAUUACAGAUUUGAGUUUGGUCUGGCAUUCCCAGGAGCACCGUUGAACUCUCCAGCGCUCAAGCCUUCCCUGCCACAACUACCAAUGCUUCAGCACCAAACGCUUGCAUGCCUGGUCUCCUCCAGCCCAGUGUCAUGUCAUGAAGAGCCCUGAUGGAGCAGACCAAAAACCCAUCUAGCCCCGGAAGUGGGGAACCUGAAGCAACUAAGGGACUCAAAACUCCCACCAGCCCGAGCCAACAGAGGCCGAUGGUCGGGGUGUAAGUGCUGGGAGUUGUAGUACAGCAACACCUGGUGGACCAAAGUCCCCCCCCCCCCCUUGAUCUCUAGACCAAAUAUCCCGCUUUCCACAGAAGCCACUUCGGUGCUUCCGGGAAGCUCACAGACCCGUUUCCCGCGGAUGCAGCUGGCGCUGAGCGGCCCGCUGCCUCUGCCCAUGGAAGCUCCAUUUGGUGUUCCUAAAAAUAAACUGCCGCAUCUCCAGCCAGCGCGCUCCGCGGCCGGAGUCCGUCCCCUCUCGGCUGCCGGGGAGCGAGGCAUGCCCUCCUGCUCCUCUCCAGCCCGGCGGCCGCGCCGCACCUCCCUUCGCCCGCCAGACGGGCUUCUCUCCCGGGGCCGCUCCAUGAGUAACCGCUCCGGUGGGGUCGGCGCGGGGAUCAUCAUCAUGGGCGGAGAAGCAGCGGCGGCGGCGGCGGCAGAGACAGGUCUGAGCAGAGCCCGGCGGUGUGGCUGGGCGAGAGAGGAAGGAGGCGCCCCCCGGGGGUAGGAGGCGAGCCGGGAGCCGGCAGAGGGAACCUGAGCGCGGGCCCCGGAGCUCAGCCUCCCCGCCCAAGCACGGGGCAAAGGAGCCGCGCCGGGCUGGAAGGCACAGACCCGCCUCGAGCCGCGCAGGAGCCGCCCGCAUCCAACCAAGGCGCGCCCAGCCAGCCUGGCGCGGCUGCCUCUCCGCCCCAUCCAUGUCCCUCGGCCGGGCCAGGGCGGCGGCGGCGGCGGCUCCCUGAGCCUGGACCCGCGCCCCGCUGCUCGGCUCGUCGCCCGCCCCGAUGUCGGGGCCCCGCAGCGCCUUGCAGGCCUGGUGCCGCCGCCAGUGCGAGGGCUACCCGGGCGUGGAGAUCCGAGACCUCAGCAGCUCCUUCCGGGACGGCCUGGCCUUUUGCGCCAUCCUCCAUAGGAACCGGCCUGAUUUGCUGUGAGUACCGGGCGAGCGCCUCACACCCCGACCCCACUUCACCGCGCCCCCCUCCGGGACUAGGCCCAGCAGCCGCGCUCUCGCCUGGGCAAGCAGCCGGCCCGGGGAGUGACUCUUCUGCCGCUGCGGAAUGGAGAUUUGAAAAGGGGGCAGGGGCGGAACAAGCCGUAGAGAAGGAAGGAUUGAAGGAAGCGCCCUGGCCAUGGGGUAGAUGUGGGGUAGCCCUCGAGUGGGAUUUAGACUCCUUAGGAAAGAGGAGAGGGAGCCCAGGUUGCCACACCUGGCAGGUAGGAGGGGAAGCCUUCUUGUCAACGGAAACAUGCACCAAGUGCACACCUUCUGCUCCAUAUUAAUUGAUCCUGAGUGACUUCUGUCCUUUGCUCAUUACGGUUGCCAGUACAAAUUAGGGCCUCGCCUCAAAAAUGAGAGCCUAGAAAAGGCUGGAAGGAGAGUCCGCCCUUUUAAUCCUUCUUUGAUCACCCAUUGUUGUAUAUAGAGAUUAGGGUAGUUAAAACGUGGGAGUAAUUAAUCUGCCUAAAGGUGAUCUCAUGACCCAGGUUUUGUGUAACCAUGGUUUAGCCAGAACAAGCAGAUGUAUAAGUUCCUAGACCAAAGAUCAUAGCCACAACUGCUGUACUAUAGCGAGCAAAGCCAUGGUAUUAUGCUUGAACCCGGUCUUGUGGUUCGGUCUUGCUGCAGAGGCACCGUGCGUUGUAACCAAAGUCUUUUUUUGGUUUAUCACUUUUUUGAGAGCAGGAGACAAACCAUAAGCCUGAGUCUGGAUGGGACACUUAAGCCAAACCAUGACUUAACUAUGGGUAGUGCAGUAGGGCUGGGAGAGGAGCACUAUGGCUGCAGUUAGGCUGGGAGGGACUUGCGUAUUGAUCAUUCAUGCUAAGCCAUAGUUUGGCUUAGUUUUACGUGCAAACUAGGCCCAUAUAUAAGGGAAUACCAGACAAAGUCCUCAACCCAUAUCAAGGAAGAGAGGUUGUAGACUGUUUUUCUGAAGUCUGGGGUCUAGUUAGGCGGUUGAAAACAUCCUUAUCAAAGAGGACUUGGAGGGAGCAGAUUAAACCUGAUAAUGGGGCUCCUCUUUGCUUGGGCUGCUCUGAUGGGAGUGGUGGCCUCAGACUGCCAUUGGUAUAGCUGCUCUGAAAUCAUAGAGGAACUUUCCAGCCAAAAGAGAGGCAUCUGAUUAUUGGGGUGCUGGUGGUGCCGUCUUAAAAUCUGAAUGCCAAGAUUCAUGUGCAACCUUUGAUGGGUUCAGCUUCCUUAUCUAACCCAGUACACUCUGGAGUUUCUUUAUCACACACCUGGUUGUUGCAAACUGGUUGAGCCUUUUUCUAGAAAGAGAGACAGGUUGCCUUUAAUAUGUGAUAGUGCCAACUUCUCCUGACAAUUCAGUAUUAUCGUUGCCAUUUAGUGUAGUAAUUAAUACUUCACCUUCUAAUCUCAUUUUGAAAGCUUCCUGCAUUGUCUCAGACAAUGUGCUGCUUCCUUCCAUAUUACUAUAUAUAAACAUGACUUGUGAAUUGCAGCACCGGAGAAUAACAUCCAUAGACAAAAGCAAGAGAUUGAUGAAUGUGACCUAGUUUGUGUCCUUCAGUGACUUCUGUGCUUGUAUUACAAUGGACGGUUGCAUCUGGUUGCUGCUUCCUUAUGAUCUGAUUAAGUGCUUGGGGAGAAAAAUUGGUGCCAUUUCAACAGGAAACUUCCUUAUGUAGAGCUUUGAGAGUGUUCAAAUGCAGUUCUUACUUGGCAAAGGUUUUAAUUUAAAAUAAAAAAUUUAAAAAUUAACUAGUAUUUCAAAUAACCAUGUAGGUGAGAACUGGGAAACAUGACCUUCCAGAUGUUGCUGGACCCCAUAAUCCCUGACCAUUGGCCAUGCUGCCUGGGGCUGAGGGAGCUGGAGUCCAACAGUACUGUAUCUAGAGGGCCCUGCUGCAGACAGAGGAUGGCAUUUUUUAAAAAAAAUCUUGAAUUAGGACCCUUAUGGUAGUUUGGGACAAACAAAAACACAGUCUAGAUACGAUAGAAAUUGAAAAUAGUAAAAAUGUUAUAAAAACAAAUUUAACAUACAGUUAAAACUCAUUAAAAACUUGACCAUCAUUAUUUUUAAAGAAGUCUUGUCUGUCAACCGGGAAACUAUGAACAAAAGGGCCAACUGAACUUUUGGGAGAGAGAAUUCAGCAAUUUAGUUACCAGAGUCUUUUUACUGUUAGCCACACCUCCUUUGGUGGCAGACCAGGGCUACUGAUGGUAACAGUAAUGGACAGUAGGUUUGUUUUCAUCAUGCUCUGCCUCAAAGGUUCCUAGCGCAUUUUGCUGACUUCUGCAGGAAACAGAUUGCUGGGGGAGAUUUUCUAGAAACACGUGAAGUCUCUGGUUUUGAUUUUCUUGCAAGGCGGCCUUACUCAAGCCAGUAGUCUCUCAGCUUCAGACCCUUCCCUCUCUGCUAUAUGGAAUCAAGAAUACUGGCCUACCUUACAAAGCCAUAAGGAUUAUUUAUUGUGGUAAUGUAUGUAAAUGGUGUAAAGGUGCGACCUGAAAGUGCAUGAGACUUGCUGAAGUCUAAGAAAGUCUGGGCAAUUGCCUGGAUAGGUGACCAUCUGGGCACCUUAUGUACCCUGCAUUGGAUUCCAUAACAGAAGAAAAGCAGAAUGUAAUUGUUAAAAUAAAUAUUCCCUUCUUAUAUGUGUGUUCUAUUAUCAUCAUCAUGAUUGGCCCUUUUUUAUGAGAACAUUUGCUACUCUUCAGAAUGGAGACUGAAUUUUGCUAACACAUUAUCUUGGUGAUUUCUACUCUAAUUCUGAGAUGUUUUCAGUGUAGACACAGAAGGUUAGCUGCUAAUUAAAUCAGCUUCGGUUUAGCACAGGUCCACACCACAUGCGAGAGAGUAAACCCACAACCUGUAGCAAACAAGGUUUUGUUGCUAGGACAUUGUUCUAUCUUCACAGGUGGAGAAGUUCUUGCCAAGGGUCUCCAUGGAGUGCUGUGUGACAUUGAUGUGCGAUGACAGACAGGCAUGAGAACAGUGAACAAUUCAUACACUUUUUAGAUGUGUGUGGCAGCUGUUAAGGGUCCAAAAAGCAGCUGUUUAAAGAGCAUGUGGCCUAAGCACAGCAUCUGAACAAGUGGGUCAGAAGAGCUACAUUCAGCAGUGGCAAACUUCUCCAAACAGCUUUUCUAUCCCAUUAAGCAGAAGUCAUUGCUGCUAAAUAUCCAGGACAUAAAUCUCUUUUCUAGCAGAUGGUCUAACUAAGCACUUCUCAGUUUAGUGAACUAUACUGCAGACUUGACACAUAGGACCUUACAAGGACAUGGCACGUUAAGAAAGGAUUUUCGAAGCAGCAUCUAAGGGGAGUGUUGAAUCAUUUUAACCACUUUAGUAUGCCUUGAUUUGGAAGCAGGGGAUCUAAGAGUGGAAAGAACCACUCAAACAGAUCAAAAGCAGACCCUCUCUCCUUCCCUUCAUAUUAAUGGGUUCUGGCUGUGGUUGCAAGGUCCUCCACAUGGACUGGCUGUUUCAGCUGAGGCCUUGGAGAACUCAAAGAAUCUGCUUAGACCACAGUGAAUUCUAUAAAAGCCCUGAAUGCUCACAUGCAGCUGUGCUAUUAAUCAUUGCCACAGCUUACACAGACCAUAUGAUCAGGGCUUUGUGUGGUAAAAAGUAAUAGAAUUGUUGAGUUGGAAGGGACGGUGAGGAUCAUCUAGCUCAACCCCCAUUCAGCGCCGCAAUCUUUUGCCCAAAGUGGAGCUUGAACCCACAACCCUGAGAUUAGGAGCCUCAUUCUCUACUGACUGAGCUAUCCCAGCUGCACUACCACUAAAUAAAUCCAAACUCCACUAAGGAAAGAUUUCUCUGACUUGAAUAGAAUACUUUUAAAUUCUUAUUUUGCGUAAUUUAGUCUGUAUGUUUACUGACUUAUUCAGCUUGCACUAGUUAAAGGGGAGGAAUGUCCUGCCUAUUGGCCAUGCGAAAUCCUGCAGUCAUUUUGACCUGAGAUUUCGCCAAGGGUUGUCAACAUGCUUUUAAGCAUGUCUUCACAAUCUUAUGGACAAGGAACUUGAUUUUUUUAAAGUAUAGGCACCAAAGAAGCUGAAUUAUGUUAUUUUCCCCUUUCCUGCGUACCAGUGUGGAAUACACACAGCACUAUUUGUAGGGGGCACUGAAACUGUCUUCGUAUACAUCACUGGUGGUGAACUAGAUAUGGGUUGAGGAAGAGGAUGAUAGACCCGUUCCACCCUCCACCCUCUCUCUGUUCAUUGUGGCCAUUCAGUGAAGGUGAUGUGUGGCAACCCAUACGUUCCUUGUCAUUCACUCGCACCUGGAAUAAGCCUUGCCCUUUUGUUUUCAGGGUAGUUGCUCCUUUUUCUGACUACACAAUGAACCAAAGGAGCCUGGGAUCAGACACAGCUUUUCAAACCCCGGGCCAGUGAGUUGCAUGUUGGUUCAAUUUGAUCAAUGAGCUCUCUCUCUCCUAUAUCAGUAUUAAUACCAUCCUUGGGCUCAGUGAAGUUUUCUCUGGGCUGUGGUGCCUCUGUACACGCCAAGCAUUAAGUCACCUUUUAUAUACGAGCAGCUAGUCAAUGUUGUGUCCUGGCUGCAUAUCAUUCCCAUGCUUUAUUUUUUUGCAUGUGAGAUGAUGACAGAGGAGGUGUUUCAUAUUGAGAUUAACAAAUAAAUACAUCACAAAGAGAAAUCCCUGCUGCUUUAGAGUUAGCAGCUAGAGGCCCUGGGACAAACCUGGCUCCUGAGAGGCGCUGCCUGGCGCUCUGUGCUGCCAACCUGGGGACAUGAUGGAUAUAGAGAAAUCAGCAUCUGUGGUACGGGAUAGGGAUUAAGGCCCAUCAGCUCCCCCUCACUUCUCAAAGUGGGUUUCUAACAUUAUUAGUUGCACAGAGAGAGGAGCUUGCAGUAUCGUAUGACCCACUUUUGCUUCUGCGUUGCCUAAACCUGCUCCAGCAUUGAGUGGAGCCCCUCCUGGCCGUAUCUAUGCUGAAAUCCCAUCCUUUCUUAGUGAGUAGUUCCUGCAGUUGAGUCUCCAUUGGAUGGAUGAGCUUAAAAGCAGUACUGCUAGGAGGCCUUGCUGGGAAAUGCACGAACCUUGCUCGAAUGAGAAAAAAAAUGUGUUGUCCUCUUGGAGAAAAAUGAAUGUUCAGCUUCACAUGUCUUUGAUUAUCCAGUUGUGAACUUCCUCGACUCCGGUUAUAACUAGCACAUUUCACACCGUGUUUCUGAGCUGCUGCUCUCAGCUGCAUCUUUUCCUUCACUCUUCCCUCCCUCUUUCACUAUUGCUCAUCAAGCUUAUGUUGCUCUAGGAAACCUCAUGCAGAACAGGAGUGCCUUAUACUCCAUCUUUCCCUGAAGGAUCUAGUAGUUAGUCAGUGGCCAGAAGGUUCUUCACUGAGGUCACUUCAGUAAUGGGAAUACCCAUACCAUGCUAGCUAGGUUUGCUUAGGCUGAUUUGCAGAUCAAACUUUUUGGGGCCUGAAAUGGGCAUCCCGGAAACAGAUGCAGUAAUGAUACUGGGUGGUGCAUAAAAAGCAAUGUUUACUCUAAUGCCGGAAUGGCAUGAAUGAAUUCUAUUUCUGUACUCUCAGGUCCCUCUUAUUUCCGGGACCUGCAUAUAAGGCUAAAAAAAUACACCUUUUUUUCUCUUGAGGGCACUCGCUCAGCAAUAUGCCAGUGAGAUGGCAAAGUUCUCUCUGUGUUUUGUGUGAGGAGCAUUGCUAGGUAGGGCCCACAAAUUGAAACUCUUCUUACUUGGCAGUUUUUAUAAGUAACAUGAAUAACAGGAAAAGAAAGACAUGCAUAGACCAGACCUACAUAUGUUUGUUCAGGAAGUUAGCCAUAUGGAGUUCCUGAGAAAGUAUUCAUAAGAUUUCAGUCAGAGUUAGAUUUUGUUAUCCUUAAGUCUACAAUUCAUAAAUUAACACAGGACGUUGCAUAGAAUGUAAGUGCUAAAACUCUAUGCUUUGCAGGGUUGAAUAGGGUAGCAGGAGAACAGACUAAAUUAAAAAUAAAAUCCUUGUGCAACUGAUGAAAUGAAUCCAUGUGAAGAAAGGGAGCUUAGCCCCAUCCUUAAUCAAAGUGCUUGUUUUCCUGCACAUGAAGCAGCAGGGGGUUGGACUAGAUGACGCUCUGGGUCCCUUCCAGCCCUACAAUUCUAUGAUCUUUGACUUCAUCUCAGGUCCGUGGAGAUGCCUAAUUAAAGGUUUAAAAUACACACACAAUUGCUGAGAUCAUUGGGCAGAUGGUGCCAUCAUAACCAAUCAUGGUUGCUGUUAUGGUGGAUGUGCAACAACUCAGACAUUUGCAGAUCAUGCCCUAGCUUGUUAAGUUUCCUCCUUUGCGAAAGGUACUGGAAAUCUUGGCAAAUGUUACCUCUUUUGCUGAACAAGCGUCCACACCAUUAGCAAUUAAGUGCCACUGGGUAGUUUUAGACUCUGGAUGUAAUGGUCUUACACCCCACCCUCUUUAGGUGGAAACACUAACUUACUUCACAGUGUGGCAAACCACAGCCUUCCCCUAUGAUGCUGUCAUUGCUGUACACAAAGUUUUUCUUCAACUACAGGAUGCUAGGGUAGAGUUGCCAUAUUUCAAAAAAGGUUUUUUUGUUUGUUGUUGUUUUGGCCAAAAUCUCCCCCCCAAAAUUGAAGUUUUUGAGCUGUUUUUUAAAGGAAAUUUGCCCAAAACCCAACACUUCUGACAUGCGUUGCCAUACACCCGGGUUUUCCCUGACAUUUUUACCGGUUUUGGGAAAUUGUGCCCAGAUGCUAUUUCCAAUGGACAAAUCCCAGAUAUGUCCAGAAAAUUCCAGACGUAUAGCAGCCCUCUGCUAGGGGAAAUGUCAUGUGUGAAGCAGUCCACAUGAUGGUAUAUCCCUAUUUGGAUAGACUGAAAUGUCAUACGUGUACUGGCUAUGAAAAUAUUGGUGUAGAACUGUACAGUGCCUUUGUGGAGCAGCAGUGGAAGUGUUGGUUUUCUUUUGAAAAUAAUAAUAAGAACCAAAGCUCACUUUUUAUCUUUGGUCGCCCUAAAAUCAAGGUUCUACGGCCUGCAUUUCCUGCCUUUGUGUUUUGUAAAAUGCCGUAGUCGGAAGCUUUCUUUUCCUGCCUGUAACAUCAAGGACAAUUAAACUACAAAGAUUCUGUGGUUUGAAAAGUGUGCUUUGAAGUGUCUCUAUACUAAUGGUUACCCAGAGAUGCUGCCUCUCAGAUCUCAUGUGUGAUCUGGUAUAGAUUGAACUGUGCUUUCUGCUCCUCUUGUAACACCUCCUUUAUUUAUUAUUAUUAUUAUUAUUUUCCUUUCAGGGACUUUAAUUCGCUUUCCAAGGACAAUGUAUACGAGAACAACCGCUUGGUGAGUCCCUGCCUCUGUCUUCUCUCUUGAUUACUUCACUUAAUUCUGACGCCAUUCUGGCUUACAGCAGGUUUUGAAAAAAUCCCAGGUGCCUGGUUGCCCAGGUGUCUAGAAAAUACGAUGCUGGUACUCAGAUAUUUUGGCAGAGGGGAUUAUCCCUCUUAUCUCUUCCUACCUAAAUAUAAAUAUGUUGAUAUCCAGCGAGUGAAGAUAUUGAAGUAUAAAUAAAUAUAAAUAGUCAUUAAUUAAUAAUGACUAUAGAAUCACCCAAAAGAUCAUCUGCUGUGCCCACCAGGAUGAGCUUGUGUGCUCCUGUUUUUGUGUUCUUCUAAGUACCCAGGUUCUGCAAUUCACUCGCUUGCAAAUUCCAAAUGUUCAGUCUAUAUAAAGAAAUGAGGAUGUUCCCUUUUCAUCUGAUGAAUGUGAACUGCCUUGUCCAGUAACUACCAGCUUUUGCUUCUGGAAAGUGUUGGACCUUCAGUUUUCUGUAAAGUUUAAACGGAUGUGUGCAAGGCAUGUGGACCAAAGUUUUGGAUCGUGAGCUGCUUAAUGUUUCUGGGAUAGAGAUGGGCCUGGCAAGGGGAAUUGGUUUGUAUAGGAAAAGGAGCAGAAAUGAAACUGAAAGCAGCCAGUACUGAAAAGAAGGAAGAAUGUGUUCACUUAGGCAGUUUGUAUGAUUUUAUCUCAGAUUAAUAAGCUGAAAUCGAAUUAGACUUUUGGCUGCACACACAGACUCUUGGAUCCUUUCUUCCUUGUACAAACAAUCAAACCGUUAGCUGUAGUUUCCCAUUUUGUCUGAACUAGGAAACUAUGGUUAAUAGCUUCAGAACAAGCUGGAAUUAUGAAACCUUUUGGCUAAGUUUUAAUCAGUGUAGAGCCAUGGAAUUUAAUGAACAUUACUAACUAAGUUGGUGAGGGACAGAAGGGGCUUGGCAACCUGGGAAGGCAACCCAUCUAGGAAGAGGGAAACUCUAAUCCUAAACCUCUGCUGUUUUGUGGGAUAUCUUUGGGAGGAGAAAAAGCUAAGGAGUAAACCCUAGACAAAUCUGGAGUCCCCAAGACGGUUGGAUGGUGCCUUUUACACCUCCUUCUGGCAACUCCUGCAGCCAAGCUGGUACCAAACAUAUUGCUCUGCUUUCCUUUGGACCACAUCAGCGAGGCCAAGAGGGGGUUUUGUUGCCUGGGCAGUCCAGGACCUCCAGACACACUGCCCAGGUUUGUGUCCCAGGGAGAUCAUUUCGGUGCUGCUAACACAGCAGUUUGGUUUUACCCUUGGAGGAACACUCCAUUGUCUCUCUAGACAGACUGAUGCUGAAAACUAAGUUAGGUCCAAUAACUUAGCUCAAUACCACCCAUAGUUUGAAACUAGAUGUAAAUUGAAGACUUCCUGCUAUGUUUGCUUGCUUGUGUGAAGGAUGGGGCAAAGGCCCCAAAGACUCUCCUCCUCUCCUCAUUUAUUUGUUAUUUGUUUGUUAUUUAUUAAUGUCAUAUGCCACCAUUCCUCCCAAAGGAGGCUGUGACUUAUUGAGAUGAGAUAUGGCCAUCUGAAUGUGGUCAGUGUACAGCUCCAUCCUUAUUCAACCAGACUGUAUUUGUUAGAAACUCUCUUCCCCGCCCCCCGCCACUCUGUUCCUUAAAAAAAGAAAUCAAGUUCAGAUUUCCAGGGUAGCAUAUGAGAUUCCACAUUUGCACAGCAAACUUGCAGACCCAAAUAUGCAGCCCAGCAUGAUGGACUUGCCAUGACAGUGGAGGAAUGUGCUUAGAUUUCUCUUUGUGGCCUGCCAGUGAUACCAAGCAAGUGUAAAUAAUAAUCUCAGCUGGGCAAACAAGCGUUGAUGUAAUUGCAGACUUCUGCUGGAGAUGGGCUGGUUCUGACAUAAUCCUUUGUGGUUCCAUUCUGGAAAACGCCAGAGCAAACCAUAUGUACCGUACAAAUGUUCAGGCAUACUUAGUCAAGAGUGCCUUUAUUGAAGUUUUGCCUUUAUGUUUCCCUUGGCACUAAAGUCAUGGUACCAGGCUUUCUUACUGUGUUUAAAUUUCCAGCCCAAGACCAAAUGGAACCAAGCAGAAGUUUUCAAGUUUGAUCCCUGGUAUCUCCAGGUAGCACUAGGAGAGACUGAAAUCCUUGAGAGCCACUGCCUGUGAGCAUAGACCAUUCUGAGCUAGAGGGACUUAUGGUCUGAUUCAGUAUAAAACAGAUUCCUAGGUUCCUACUGCUGUGGUGGGCAGAUCUCCCAUUUCUGUGUGACUGGUAUUUGUUUAAUAUGCAUCUCUUCCUAGUGUUUUGUUCAGUGUUGUCUUAUGUUUUAUAUUGAUUGCAAACACUUUGAACACAUAUUUCUGGGGGGGCGGAAUGGGAGAAAGCAAUUUUAAGCAAACAAAUAAAUAAAAUAUACUCCUCACAAUAUGAUUUAUGCUUUAUAUUUGAUAAGCGCCAACAUUCUCAAACUGAGGGAGAGAGCCUCAAGGUCGCCCAGUAAGUCUGUGGUGCAGCUGAGAAUUGGUCAGAGUCCAAAUUCUGACUAAUGGGCCAUGCUGGAAGCAAAUAUAGCAUCGUCAUCUCUAUUCUGCUUCAUUCUCUGUCCCUGAGCAAUUGCUAAUGACUGGAGAAAUUCACAUACCCUGGCAGGGGCACUUCUAUUGCCACUAACUUCUUCCCAAUUUGUGUGUGUGUGUGUGUGUGUGUGUGUGUGUGUGUGUAAUAUAUAUAUAUAUAGAGAGAGAGAGAUAUAAUUUUUUGGGGGGGGAGGGGGGUGUUAAACUAAAAUGGUGGAAAGGAUCAUUGGACCCUUGCUGAAAUUUUGGAGGUGUACAAUAAAAAAGCUCUGCUGGUUCAGGCCAAAGGCCCACCUCUUCUGGCACCUGAUGCCCGUGCGAAGCCCGAAAGCAGACCUGAGCACAACAACACUCUCCCAACCUGUGAUCCCCGACAACUUGUGAUCUCCUGGCAUUCAGAGGCAUGCUGCAUCUGACAGUGGAGGCAAAACAUAGUCAUUGUGACUGGUAGCAAUGCCAAUGGAAAGAGGUGGUAUGAGUGGCCAAGGUCCCAAUAUGUGUCAUCUUCCUUAUUAGUUCCUUCUGUACUGCAAGUUUCUACUUGGCGACUUCUGCCCUUAUUUUGUUCCACCAGUGGUGUGUGCCUGUCUCUUUCUCAGAGUCAGCUUCCGCUUCCUGAUUGUCUUCUCUUUGUUGCAUUUGCAGGCCUUUGAGGUGGCUGAGCAAGAGCUGGGGAUCCCUGCCCUGCUGGAUCCCAGUGACAUGGUCUCCAUGAAGGUCCCUGACUGCCUCAGCAUCAUGACCUACGUCUCUCAGUAUUACAACCAUUUCAACAACCCCAACCAAGGUGAGAGCUCCGAAGCGGGGCAUUUUCCUACAGUUACCCCUCCAGGGAUCUGAAUGACAAAGAGGAGGAGUUGUGCUCUCCACCCCACCCCACCCCCCGCUCCAUGACAAUAUUGGCAUCUUUGCUCGCUUGCAGUCCAUAAAGUUGUUUGCAGUGGUGAGCACUGACUUUUCCAAGCUUGAUGAAUCCAUGCCCUUCUCCUAGAGCAGGUGUGGAGAACCUUUAGCCCUCCAGAUGUUGUUGAACUAUAACUCCCAUCAUCCCUUGUCUGUGGCCAUACUUACUGGGGCUGAUGGGAGUUGUAGUUCAGCUGCUGAGUCUUGCCUUUCGUGAGUGGGUUAGUAGAUUCCAAAGUACCAUACUGGGAGCAAUACACCAUCACCCUUCCUGAGACUGGCGUGGGGCAGGGCACAAACACUUGCCUGCUCCUAAUUGGCCAAAUUUUGCAGAUCCCCAGAACUGCUUAUGGGUUUAAUGAUGCUGCUUAAUGUUUCUGGGCUCUGUGCUGAAAGUUGAGCUUAAGGGCUCAUUGCAGCUUUGAAGUAUAAAGGAAUGGGGUGAAUAGUUUGCCCACAACAACCAGAAAGAACAGAAACUCAUGUAGGCUGUGUGCUGCCACCCCUGUCUAGGUGUUUUCAACUAUGAGACAGUAGCGAAGUGAGAAAAUCCAGGUAGGCCAAUUCCACCUUGUCAAAUGCAGUGAUUCUCUACAACUUCUGGCCCUGAAAGCAUGAAGGCUAAAAGGGGGUGGGAGUGGAUAUGCAAAUCCAUCUCCAGUGUCCCUGCAUUUACCAGCUCUGCUUCAGACCCAUGUUGAGAGGGAAAGUCUGGAGAUUCUAAAUGCGUUCACCCAACAGGCCUAGAAUCCUCCCCAUGAGCCUCUCCAUGCCUUAGCUGGUUCUCGAUCGCAAGGAGCCUAAGCACGCUCACCCAAACACAUUAAGACUCCCUUUUCUGACUUUCCCUCUGGUUUGUGUUCAGAGAUGUGCUUGGGUACAUGUACUUGUCCCCUGCCCACUUUUAGCCCACAUGCUUUCAGGUGAGCACCUGAAGAGGGCUUCUGUCUUUUACUUACUCAGCAGCCACCAUCAUGGAUUGGUUCCCAUCUGUCUUUGCAGCCAGAGUCCUCCCGCCUAUGAAGCACCCUGCAGUUGCCUCCUCACCUACUCUGCCAGCACACAAACCUGUGCCUGCCUCCGAGACCACAUCAGCACCCAAGGUACUGAGCCUGCUCCUCUGAUCGGUCAGAUGUCUCUAACCUGCUUCAGGUUCCAGUUUCUGAAUCGAAUCUUUCCAAAAGCGAGCGAUUCAAAAAGUAUGACUGAUCGUUCUGUCCUCUUCAGCUUUGAAGAAUUUACGGGUCUCCUUUUGUGGUUACUGCGGCUGCGUUUAUAUUGUUUCUGCACUUGACACAGAGAUAUGUAUAUUUCAGGAAGGGGAAUGCAGUGUAUAGAGCAGGUGUUACUCACAAAGUUGAAUGCAGCCGUUGUGCCACUAAUAACAGCCCACAAAGCCAGGGGUGGCCCUUUAGGUAUUGUUAGUCUUCCAACUCCCAGCAGCCCCAGCAGCAUGGCCAAUGGUCAGGGAUCGUGGCAGUUGUAGUCCAAUAAUAUCUAUAGGGUUAGAGGUUCUCUUGUAAGGGUUUGCUAAACCUUCUGUUUAUGCUACCUGCCAGGGAUUGCAAAAAAGGGGUGUUUGAGCACCAUGCAUGCCACAAUACUUGGGUUGUAAAUUGUGCAGGUCUGGUGUAGAGAGUUGCUGUUAUUCCUGAUAUCCGAGGGCCUUUUAUUUAUUUUUUUACAUAAUUGAGUAUUUUUAAAUAACUAUCCCUUAGCUCACAUCAGUGGUUGUUGUGUUUACAGGAUAUCAGCCCUACAUAUCUUGUUUCACCUUGGGAUAAAAACAAUUCUAUUGUAAACAACCUUUUUUCCUGUGACAGGGGUCAACAUUUUUGCCCAGGGCAAAUAGCAAACCUGUUAAACCUUGUCAUGCACAUUUCAAACUAGGAUUCAGUUGCACAUAGAGACUGUGAAACAGAGCUUGCCUCUGGACAGGGUUGCUGUAUGAUAAACACCUGUCUUUCUCCAGUCAGCAAUAAUGCAUGAAGACAAAGUACUGGCUUCUUCCAUGACUUCUCAGUAUAACACUUUCUACUGCCAACAGUUCCACAUGAUCAUGUCAAACAAUAACACAGAAGCCUGCAAUCAUCCGGGGAAUGGAAACAUGCACGCAAAGAAGGAGGCGACAGUGAAUUAGGGAUCCUGCAAAGUUGUGCAGCACAUUUGCUCAGGCUUAACAAUACAUUCAAAAUCCAAAAGAGAGUAUAGCAUGCCUCUCUGCUGAAACUCAGAAACUUUCAUCUUUACAAGUGAAAACGUAGACAGACAGAUACCAUAACUUAAUUAGAAGGUGGGGGGGGGGGCUACUACCAGAGUCCAUAGAAAAUUGAUUUGGUGUGUGGAUGUGGCAUGUACACCUCUGGUUGGCCGCUCCUGAAUACAGAAAACAAACCAGUUAUCUGCAAAUUGAGAGUAAGCCAAAUAAUGCAAACCAUUUGGAGGUAACAACUGAAUUUCUGAAGAAGAAGGAAAGUCAAGAUACGGCUUCUAUUCUGAAAAUAAUAGUGUAACCUGGAAGCUAUAUAUGUGCCUCUUUCAAGGGUCUUGUUGAGAGAUUUAGUAGUUCUCAUGAGCUGUUGAGAAUUUUACAUUAUUGAACUGGUAUUGGAAGAUUCCCCUCUUCCUCCUUGGCAGUCAUCGUAGGAAAGAGCAUCAUGCUCCAUUCAUUCCAAGACUGGCUGAGAGCCAGAGCACCUUGCUGAGAUCUGGGCUGCGGAUGUUGGAUAAAUUGCUUCUUAAUACUUUGAACUGGGUGGGGCCCUAAAUUGGUAAGCAACCCUGGUACCUGAAUAGAUCUUUCUUCAGGUUUGAGGCUCUGCUGUGCUAGACAAGAGUCCUCUUGAGGCCAGUCCCAAGAAUGUCUGAAUCUCUUUGUUUGUGGAGGCAUUCUUACGCCACCUUUCUGUUGCCACAGGAUGAGGAUGCUGCCGGCCUGGCAGAGCAGUCCCAGAGAACCACCCUGAGCAGCACUUGCGCAGCUUGCCAACAACACGUCCACUUGGUCCAGCGCUACCUGGCUGAUGGCAAGCUGUACCACCGCCAGUGCUUCAGGUAAGCUCUUCCUCCUCACUGAAGACCAAGUGGAACCACCUGCUCUCCUUUGGCCUUAUCCUUCUUUGCCAGGCAUCGCCUUCUAAUUAUGCCAAGCCCACGUAGAUCAUCUCUGUUCUAUGAGUAGUGAGAACAUACUGCCUGCAUAUUUUUGCCAGCUACCAUGAGGUCAGUAACUUCAUUACGAAAAGAAAGAAAUAAGCAGCAACCUAAAGCUUCUGUACUUGAGUGGGUCCCAUAAUUGCUACUGUUCUGAGAAUCAGAACAGUAAAACACAGAUUGCAACAGCAGCCAGUGAAUAGUAGCUACAAAGUAAUCAGACUUUUAAACAAUGUACAGCCCAGCAUAAAAAUAACCAGAAUGUCCAGAUAAACUGAAGAUUAAAACCCAGUCCUCGAAAACCCAGCAGCCUAAAAAGAAAAAAGAAAGCUGAAACAGAUGGGGCUUCAAGGCUUUUUCACAUCACUACUGUAGGUUAAAUGAUGAGGUCAUAUCAUUUUCAAAAAUAUGGGCAGGUGUGGGAAUAUAGAACUCUACUGUGAUGUUCUGCUACUAAAUCCAUGAGGCUCAUAAGUCUCGCUGUCAUUCCCAGUUCUGACCUGCUUUCUGUGUUAUUGGCGUACGACUGUAGUGUAGAAAAAGUGAGGGGCACGUCUGUUUCUCAGGAAAGAGGCACAUUUUCCAAACCAGCUUUGAUUGUUUUACUUAAUAUGUCUUUUCUCUGAGGAAUAAAAUGUACUUGAUUAACUUUAUGGUGUCAUAUUUGCCCACGCAAAAAUGGAAGACAGAUCCAGCCCCGGAAAGCAAAACUGCUUUUGAGUUUAAGUCGUGUGAGAGAGACGGCACCAAUCUCUGCUCUGAAAACCUUAUAGCCUGAGUUAGAAGUGCAAAUCAAUUGUAAUUUCUAUGUGGACAAAUGGGGAAUCAAGAAACAGAGAAGCUAAGUGACUUAGCCUGGAGUGUCACAGGGCAUCUUCGGCGAAGCUGUAAAUGGAAGUUUGUUCUUCUAAGGGUGCCUGUGAUCACAACUCCGCAAUUCUUGCCUAUCUCCACUGUUUGGUGACAGGCUUUGCUUGUGUCUCUGGCAGGUGUAAGGAAUGCUCCAGCACUCUCCUCCCCGGUUCUUACAAGCCUGGACCUGAACUGGGCACAUUUGUGUGCACCCAGCAUCGUGGCAAGUUGGGCCUGAGCGGGAGGAUGGAGCGCAGGCCAAGCCCAGAUCUUCAGCACGUGGGGGAAAGCGGAGAGACUGGGAUAGUGAGCACUGGUGCGGAGGAAGAGAACGGAAUACUGGAGGAGCACCCAUCCGCCGCGGAAGAGAUAGGCAAAACGGGGGAGAGGGUAGCUGAUGGAGUGGAGAGCGAGAUGCCUCUUGCGCAGCCAAAGAACGAAACACUCGCCCCUGCUCCCGGAUCUGAAACCUGCUCCCAAACACCUCCCAAACCUCCUGUGCCAGCAAAGCCACCUCUGCUCAUGCAGGAGAAGGCUAGCCUGCAACACGGGCAGCUCAAGGAGGCUCGGCCCACGCCUGCCCCCAGGAAGAGCACAGACACAGCAGCAGCCCUGUCACCGCCAAGCUCCCAGCCUGUUCCAAAACCCAGAGCCAACGUGCAAAGCGAGGGAUCCAGUGAGCCUGGCACUGGACUGGCCAAUGGUAAGGAAAUGCGUGCACAGAGGGAAGUAGUGAAGAACCCAUCUGCAGCACCGUGGCAAUAGCCAAACUGAAAUGGGAGCCCUCAUUUGCAGCUUGUGUGGAUUGGAAUCUUAGAAUCACAGAAGGAACCUCAAAGGCCAUCUAGUUAGACUCCUGAGGCAGGAAACCUGCUGCUACAACAUCUCUGGUAGGUGGCCACCCGUGAUGUUGCAGGAGCAGAUUCCCUGCUGUCUCUUUUUUGUAAACUGCACUGCAGCCAUCCUUGUUGAGGGGCAGUAUAGAAUUCUCUGCAUAAAUAAAUACAAUUGGCAGGGGGUUGUACGAGAAAACCUUUGGAGGUACAUUUCAGUUGUAGCAGUGGGCAGCUUGGCGAAAGCCCUUUUGUCCUGUGAAACAUGCCCUUCUGAUGGGACAGAUAACCUGGAUUCUGUGGCCAUGAAUUAACUGCAUUCACUCCUUGUGUGAUGCUUCAUUCUUCUUCCACAAGCACGAUUUUCUUGUAAGGACCAGUGGAGUGGAUGGAAAGAAGGGCGUGGAGAUUCAAGGCUGGGUGUGCCUUGGGCAUAGAUCAGAGAGCCGUAGCCAGGAUGGAGGGAAAGGAGCUGUGUGGCUGUGCAGUCAUGCUCCCAGAAGGCAAGAGAAGAUUUAUUUGGCCACUUUCCUAGUUUCUGAGGUUUCGCAAGAUGCUGCGCAGCUGCAUGUUGGGAGCUUUCAUCCCUGGCUAUAAAAACAAGUUAUCCCAGCGUAAUGGAUUUGGACAUCCUUGCUAGGAAAUGAGACACAUGGGUAUGUUAAGAGCAUUAGGAGAGCCCAGCUGGAUCAGACCAAAGGCCCAUCUAGUCCAGCAUCCUGCUCUCACAGUUGCCAACCAGAGGCCUAUGGAAAGCCUGCAAGCAAAACUAGAGCUCAAGAGCAGUCUCCCCACUUGUAUAACAGCUGUUAUUCAGCAGCAGAUUGCCUCUGACAGUACAGGGGGAAAACAUAGAGCUAUUAGCCAUUAUGGCAAUCUGCCAUGACUUUGUCUAAGCCUCCAUUAAGGCACCUAUUUUGCUGGCUAUCCCUAUGUCCUGUGGGAAUGAAUCCCAUAGAUUUAACUGUGUGCUAUGUGAAGAAGUAUUAACUGUUGUCCUGAAUUUUCCAACAAAUUCAGUAGUGCUUGAAAACUGUUGCGAGAGAGGGAGAAAAAUCCUUUCUCUCCACUUUUCCAAACUGCAUAAUUGUAUACACAUCUAUCAUGUUCUCCCUUACUUGCCUUUCCCCCUCUCCUAAACAUAAAAACCCCUAAUGUUGCACCCUUUCUUGUGUUCUUCAUUUCUGGAUUAGGUAGGCCUCCUGAGCCCUGUCCUCCUGUUCCGAAGCCCAGAGGCAGACCCACGUCCUCCGAGCGGUAUGUCCCUUUUGCUUGCAAAUCACACACAGACAGCGAGAUAAAUGUUGACCUUCCUUCCAUUUUCCUUUUUCCCUGUUCAUGCAAAUUGAGCUGCAGGAUGGGCAUGCAUUGGAGGUUUUAAGUGAGGGAUGGGGGCUCAUUCAGAACUUGUUAUUCUGAAGUAGUGACACUCCCCCCCCCCCACAAACUAUUGAAGAGAGAAUCCAGGGUCCUUGCAGAGCAAUACAGACAGCAACACCCCCCCUUCAAUCUGUGUAUCUCUUGCCAAAAUGCAAGUUAACAAACAACUGUGUAGACCACACUUCUCCAACCUGGUGCUCUCCAGAUGUUGUUGGCCUGCAACUCCCACCAUCCCUGAACCCUUCCUGUGCAGUGCUGAUGGGAAGGUGGAGUUAAAAAACAUAUUGAGGGCACCCAGUUGGGGAAGGCUGACUAGAUAGUAAAUCAUGCAGAUGAACCCUGUGUAGGAAGAACAGCAUGUCUUGAUUUCCAAAGGGUAGCUAUGCUAGUCUAUUGCAAAGAGUCUUGUGGCACCUUUAAGGACUAGCAAAGCUAAGAAAUCGGGUAGUUUUCCCUGGACCAUGUGUCACAAGACUCUUCAUCAUGCUUUAAGCAGCUCUUCGCAAUUUCAGCCACAUAGAGGGGAAGAUGGAAAGGCUCAGGGUUAUGUCUGAGUCACUUGAUGUCUCCCAGUCCAGCACAGAUAGAAAUGGUUGUUCUCAGUGCAUCAGACUAUCCUUAGCUUGAGAAUCCAAAGCUGCUGCUCAGUAUUCCUGCCUGAAAGAUUGGAGAAAAAAAUAACAGGGCUGUGUAUAUUCUAAACAUAACAACCAAAGUCAUGAUUCAGUACCAAGAAAAUAUGCUUUCUGCUUUUCAGCCUUCAAAAUAUACAUGUGUCUAGCUUUUUUCUUUUUUUUUAAGCAAAGGGUUAUGAAGUAAAUUAAGAUUCUGCAGGGGGGGAGUGAAUGUUGUGUUCACUACCAGCUUGUGGUCUUGUGUGGCACACUUGCGGAAUAUGUGCAGCCUUGGGCUUCAGGGACCGAGCGUCUUGCUUGGGAGGAGCCUCUUUUCCAUUUUGUACUCUCCCCCUUUCAUCCUUCCUUACCCCAUAUAUUUUCUCCUGCCAGAACUGGGGAAUGCCCGCGGCCCAAAGACCCUCCCUGGAUUGCAUUGGUCCAGGGAGAGCCCAAGAAGAAGCCGGCCCCUCCGCCUCCCCCGCCAGGUAGUCGCAAGGAGAGCCCCUCAAGGGUUUCAGAGGAGGAUGAAGGCGGAGAAGGGAAAGCGCAAGGCAGGGAAGGCAGGCCCACUCCGGAGGAGCCCAAGCCGUAUAAUCCCUUUGAGGAUGAUGAGGAAGAGCAGCAGGAGGAGGAGGAAGAGGAGGGAGUCGUCACGCAACAGAGCACGCCAAAGCAAGAGCAGAGUGAGGGCGAGCCCACCUCCAAGGUGGCUCACCCCUGGUACGGCAUCACCCCCACCAGCAGCCCCAAGACCAAGAAGCGGCCAGCUCCAAGGGCCCCCAACGCAUCCCCUCUUGGUGAGUCUCCACCCUGCCUUCCGACAGGAAGGAAAAGAAUGAGCUCUCUCAUGGCUUGCACCAAUGUGGCUUGGAUGUUUGAGGCCUGGUCCUGCCAUGCUUGUCGUGGCUGGGGUGCCCUCAGGGCUUUGUUGGACUCAAGCUCCCAUCAUCCCUGACCACUAGCCAUGCUGGAGGAGGCUGAUGGGAGUUGGAGUCCAGCAACGUUGAAGGGGAGAUGCUCAGGUUCCCCAUCUUUCGAAUGGGCCUGUCUGGAAAAGGUGUUAUGUCAUGCUAUGACUUUUUUUCUGCCCAAGCGCUGCCUUCACUCCUGGGUGCUUUGGGGGGGGGCAAAUUGGCUGGGGCAGCAAAGGUAAAUUUUGCCUUUGGACCAGUAGGCUAGGUUUUGCGCACACACAUCGUUCUCUGUCCUCCAAAUGGACAAUCAAGAGGCAAUAUUCAAGGACACAUUCCAAGCAGGCAUAUUGGGGGCCAAAGCAAGGCCAGUGGGAGGUGUGGCAUGGGGAGGGUUCAGAGGGCUGGGCAGAGAGGCCUAAAGAGCCAUGCUUGGGCCUGAGUUCCCCCACUUUCGUCUCACCUGUACUUUCCCCUCGUUGCAGCUCACCACCCCAUCUCCCGACUCUCCCGCUCGGAGCCGUCUUCCUCCACCCCCUCGCCCGCCCUGAGCCUGGAGAGCAUCGCAUCCGAGUGUUUGGCCAAGGGCGCGGACGACUUGGACGAGACCUCUGUGCCCAAGAGCUCCUCGGAGCCCGCAGUCCACGUCCCGGCCGCCACUUCCAUUGUCUCCUCCUCAGCCCCUCCGCUCCCCUGUCUCUCCUCCUCUGGUGAGGAGUGUCCCACAGCCCUGCCCGGCAGCUCGGCCAACUCCUCCUUCUCGUCCUCCAGCGAUUUGGCUGGUGAUGGCAGUGAGGCACAAGGGGGACAUUCACAGACUGCCCGAACCUCCUCAUCUGGGAACUUGAAAACCUCUCCUGGGGGAGCCUCCCCCAAGCCUUCGGCCGGGGCCAUUCCCACACCUAUCCUCUUGGCCUCGGAGCUGAGUGGUGCGGCUGCCAGGAGCUCUCCAUCACCCAAAGCACAGCCAAAGGUAAGUUGGAGUCGCUUUCCUAGGUUCUGGUCGUGAGACCCAUCCUUCGUCCAUGCAGGUUUUUGAAUAACAAUGACCUUUUGCCUUGCUCUGUUACUUUGAAAGGUCCCUGAAAUGAACUGAGAAGUUCUUAUGUGUGCAUGUUUGUGUGUGUAACAAAGCAUCUGGCCAGGAAGUCCCAGCCAGAGUUACAGCUUUACUGUCUUCAUACAGUGGCACCUUGGUUUGCAACCGCUUUGAAUUACAACCACGUCAAACCUGGAAGUGUGUGUCCCUUUUUUUUGGAUUACAACCCAUUUUUGGGGGGAGGCCCCAUUGGCGAAAGCGCACCUUGGGUUACAACCUGUUUUGGUUUACAACCAGACCUCCGGAACAGAUUAUGGUUGUAAACCAAGGUACCAGUGUAUCCCCAGAGACAUGACAACUUCUUGGCCUGCUCUCCACUCUUGCCUCUAGCACCACCCGCUGGUUAUGUUAUGUACUGCUUAUUUUGCAGCCUUACAAAUAAUUAACUCCGGGUAGAAGCUGCUGUUAUGAAGUAUUGCACAGGGUUUCAGAUCCUCUGUCAAUGCUGCUUUAAAGAUGGCAUGCACAACAAAGGCUGUUCUCAUGGGGAAAGUCUGUUAGGGCUGUGUUUAAUGGUGCUUAGGGCCAGAUCUGAUUGGGGGGCUUCUGAUUCCCCCACCCCUGCUUUAUCUCUCCAUCAGUUUUGGCUUUUUGCUCCAUUCUCUCCCCCUUCCCAUUAACAUAAGCCUAAACUGAUCACAUGCAGAGGGCUUGAAAUGAGGGCUGCCUGUGGCUCAUGAGCUGCAGAGGAGGGGGCUGACACGAAAUUCCUCAGCCACAGAGUGCUGCAGGGUUUCGUGUCAGCCCCCCUCCCUCCAUCUUUUACCCCAGGAAAUUUAAAACUCACUGCUCCACCAUGCAAUUCCCUGUUCCACCAGGAUCCCUUGAACUGCAGGGCAGUCUCACUGUGGCUGGCUUGUCCUCAGUUGCUGAGCAUGGCUGUCGGGAGUGUCCCCAGCAUUUGUGAUUUCUCGUGUGCACUGCCUCAUUUCCCUUGCUCAAAAUCAGGAGUCCCUGGCCUGUGUCUGUUGCAAAAGAGGCCUGGCUCCUAUGCCCCCCCCCCCGUGCCAGAGCUGAGUCCCUGCUCCAGAGAUAUGGUCCUCAAAAGUGCCAGGGUGGAGUGGCAGGUUCAGGAUCCCAUGGUGGUGCAGCCCAAGAGGUAUGUUUUGAUAUUCUGCUUGGUGUGUUUGUCCCCAGUCAUCCUGCAAAGAGAAUCCCUUCAACCGGAAGCCGUCGCCUGUCACAUCCCCCUCCAUUAAGAAAACUCCAAAGGGACCCAAGCCAGCGAGGCCUCCUGCUCCGGGACAUGGCUUCCCACUAAUUAAGCGGAAGGUAACGAGGAUUGGGGGCUUCUGCCUCAUUUGCCAUGCUACUUAAUUUCCCACAAAUUGCUCACAAAAGGAGUAUUUAAAUUAACUGAGCUAACUCAGUCGUGUUUGUUAACUUCAGUGGGUUCUACUCUGAGUAAAACUUAAUUGAAUACCACCCCUGUGAAGAGGGAUUGCAUACUUUCUAGCGGGCUGAUUGAGAGCUAAGGGCUGGUGUGAGGCAUUUGUAUGUAGUGGUUGUGGCUUCCUCUGAAAGCUACACCGUAACAAAAGUUGCUGGGGCAGAUUCUAAAUGCUGAGCCUGAAACCUGGCUUGAAAGGUGCUGAAGGCAAGCCUCGCUUGCAGAGGAACAGUUAUCUGGGGUCAGGUGUGGGGCAGGUGCUGGGGCAAGGCUUAGGGAAAUGACAGCACAGGCCAAAGUAGGACCAGGACAUGUUUAGUUAGGCCUGCAGGCUGGAGGUUCCUCACCAGUGCUUUAUGUUUACUCUGUGGACUCCAGAAUUUGUCUCCUUAAGAAUGUCGGCCAAAACAAGUUUCUGCCCCUCAUGAUUGUGUAGGAAACCAUCUGAAACAUUCAGUAGUGAUAAUUUUAGGUAAGGAGGCUAGGAAGGAUUUUGGGUGGGAAACCCCUGCCAGGUUCUGCCCUACAUCUUGCCCUAAUUCACAGAUACAUAUUUUUAAAAAUGUAUUCCCCAUGACUCUUAUCUCCCUCCUCCCACCCUGGAGUCAGUAGUUAUCUUCUAGAAAGCCACGCCUGCCUUGUUAGAAACAGGAAGCAUGAUCUUUGGUUCCUUGCCUUUUUACAGGUUCAGUCAGACCAGUAUGUUCCAGUGGAGGACAUCUAUGGCGAGAUGGACAGCAUUGAGCAACAGCUGGAUGAGCUGGAGCAUCGAGGGGUUGAGCUGGAAAGGAAGCUUCGCAGCAUGGAAAAUAAUGGUAGAGUGGUGGAUCACUGCCUGUGAGGCUGCGCAGGGCGAGGCAGAAGGCAGGAAGAUUCGCAGGAUAUAUGAGCGUCAUCUUCGGUCAUGCUUGCUGGGGCUGCUGGGAGUUCUAGUUCAGCAACACCCGGAAGGCCAAAGGUUUCCCUGCACCUGAUAUAAUGCAGCCAAGUUUGCUUUUCCAUGGCUUGGGCACCACCUGCCUAUCUUUGCUUAUCCCACUGUGUAUAUUCAUGGGGUGAAUGUUAAAAAAUAUUCUAUGUAUAUGAAUUAUCCAUGUUUGUUAAAAUAUAUACCACGUAAUACUUGGUUAGGGAACUUUCAGGCAGAAGGGUUUCUGUGUUCAGAGCAAAGGCAAGGAGGGAAGAGGUUAAGCUUUGGCAACUUGGAAAAGAUGGGUCAGGUUUAAAAACAAAAGCCAACCCUCCAGGAUGUUUGGUAUUUGUGUCCGGAGAUGGAGGUGAUUGAGGAAAUGCCUUUGUGCGUGUCCUGGUAGUGUUGCUGCUUCAAAAAUAGCAUUUCUAGGUUUCAGGUGCCCUGAAGCUAAUGUGGACUAACAGUAAGAGCUGCUGUAGCUGCCUCAUCCCUUUGCCUCUGUGGUGGGCAGAUCUCAGGGAAGGUCUCAGUGGUAGAGCACAUGCUGUGAGUGGCAAAGAUCUGGGUUCAGUCCCUGGCAUUUCUACGUAGGGCUGAGAAAGUCCCCUGGUCUGAAACCCUGGAGAGCCACUGCCAAGGUAGAUGAACCAAUAGUCUAAUUCAGUAUUGGUGUCAGGCUCUGAAGAGUGUGUAGCAGAGGCAGGGGGACAGGGGAGUGACCCCAGAGAGGGACCAGUGAUUUAUGGGAUGCCACGCAACCCACAAGGCAGGACCAGGAGCCAGGGCAAUUCAAGGCAGAAGAAGAAGAGACCGUUCAGGCAAGGGACGGGUCAGUAGACCUUCCUCUGUCCCACUGUCUCCUGGGAGCAGGAGGGGCUUGAAAAUGGAAGAGCAGUGACGACUUCUGUGCAGGAGGUCUCAGGUUGAGGCCAUGCCACCCGUCAGAUAAGCCUGAGGAUGGGAGGGGGCCCCAUUGUUGCUGCAACUUCUCCGUAGGGCCCAGAUCUAUGGACAGCUGCAUAGAGGCUAGAAGUGUGUGAGUAUGUGUAUCCAGAGGACGAUGGAAGCUACUGUAAGUGUUUCUCUAGCCAACAAAGAGUUAACUGUCAGACGUGCAUCUUCCUUAUCUGAGAUAGGCCAGGACAGUAAGGUAGCUUCGUACCCGUGUGGCCUUCUCAGCUCUUUCCCUUCCUCUGUCCCUUUGACCAGCAGAUAUUCCUGAAGACGGCUUGCUGGUCGACUGGUUCAAGCUCAUCCACGAGAAGCACAUGCUGGUGCGCCGGGAGUCUGAACUCAUCUAUAUGUAAGUACACAUGGUUGAUUAAUGGCCACACACUUUCUAGGGGGCAAGUGCCGCUCUUUGCAGGCUCAGUCCCAAACGCCAAAGGCCAUCUCAAACAGGUAGAUCAGAGGUUGGGGGGCGCCAUAUGUUGUUGGGCUCCAUCUCCCAUCGUCUCCAGCCAGCAUGGCCAGUGGUCAGCAAUGAUGGGAACUCUCAUCCAGCAGCAUCUUGAGAGGCUCAGAUUCCCCAUCCAGGAUUGGAUCUUCCAACCUUCUGAAAUAAUCUGGACUUUGCUGAGUCGGCAUAGGGAAUGCCAUAAUGGCAAGGAGGAUGAGCUAGUUAUAGAAUAUACUAUUACAGAUGCCACAUAAUAUUACUUCUGCACUUGUAAGAAAUAGAUCUUGCGGGGGGGGGCACCACCAAAACUCUGGAACUCACUGCCUAUUGACGCCUUUACUGUACUCUUUUCAGCGCCUGUCAGAAACUUUACCCAAACAUGUAAAAACUGACAGACAUUUUAAUCUGCCAUUUUAGCCUAGCUGACUUUAUUUAUAUAUUUUAUAUAUAUAUUUAUAUAUUUUGUUUUUAAAAAAUAACUUUAACUUUUAUCAAUAAUUCUAAUGUAUAUUUUAUGCCUUUUGUAAACCACUUAGAAGUUUUACUUCCAGUUAAGCGGUUUAUGCAAAUUUUGUUAAAAAUAAAAAAUAAAUUUGCCUUGCUGAAGAUUCCCAUCCCACUGCUCCCACAUCUUGGUGCUGGCAUGUAACUCUCCUCUUUUCCUUCCUUCUAGUUUUAAGCAGCAGAACUUGGAGCAGCGUCAGGCUGAUGUGGAGUAUGAGCUGCGAUGCCUCCUCAACAAACCUGGUACGUCUCUCAGGGUGUGAUACAAGCAGUUUUUAAAAAAGCGAUCUUUGCCGUAGCAUUUGAGAAUUACUUGAAAAUGAUUUUGGAUGCAUUUGAAAGGAACAGUGUUACAGGAUCUACGUGAGGAGACCAUGCCAGGCAAUGUGAGCUGUUUCUUGUUCCCCUGGUGUGCUCAGGCUUUGCUGGGAUGGCCAGUGCUCCAGGUUGCUCACUUUGAACGUUAGCCUAAGUAUGUUUCUUCAUAAGGUGCUUACAGUUCCUUCAGUAUCCUUAAAAUUGUGUAUGUCCGUUUGUUUGUUUGUUUGUUUGUUUACCCUACUCUUCAGCCAAAAAAAGACUGAAUAGCAAUCAAUAAUUCAUUCAUCCAAUUUAUAUCCUACCUUUCCUGCCGAAAAAGUCUAGGACUGCAGAAACAGCCAUGAUAAAUCACAACUAAAAACAGUCAAAAACAGUUACAAGCAUGUUAAAUGCAUUCUAAAAACCAGCUAAAGACGUUAUUUCAUUCGGUGACCUCAGGGUUGUCAAGAGCAGUGUUUUUCAACCAUCAAAUGCCUGGAGAAACAGGAAUGUUUUUAGAGUGCUGAAAAUCAGUAAUGAAGGAGACAGACACACCUCACUAGGGAGAGCAUUCCACAAACACCCCUGUCCCUAGGUUUAAAAUUUGAAAGACACAACACAAAAGGAAAAAGGAUUGGGCAGGAGGAGGAAAUAAACAAAACUCAGAACUAGUUCUUAGAUAUGGAGUUCUUUUGACUAGCUGGAAGGGAAACUGCUGAAGGAGAGGAACGGCCAAAAGUUGCUGAUUUUGCAUCAGAGCCAGUAAAGUGGUCCUGCUUCCCUUCCCUUUGCUCUGCUGCAGUCUGACAGAAUGGCAAGAUGGAAUUUGAGGGAGAAGAAAAGCCUGCUGGAGACGGCUUCUCAGUGGAGCUGAUGGAGCGGUCCUUUUUUCCGUAUGCUUCAGGCUGAUGGAAUGGCAGGCUAGGAAACUGCCUAAUACCUGGGACCCAGGAACUGUUCUUCCACUAUGGCCUGAGUGUUGCUCGUUUAGACAACUGAUGUUACUGUGUCAGCUAAGAGGAGAACUCCCUAGUUUGAACCUUUCCUCUGCCAUGGGCGCAUUAGGUGGCAUUUGGCAAGCCAUAGAUUCCCAGAUUCAUAGAUUCAAUCUCAUCUGCAGUAUGAACAGAAUAAUAGCGGCCUACCUUACAGGGCUGUUCUAAGGCUUGCUGAGAUUGAAGGAUUUCAGAGUUUCGACAUGAACCUAUAUGUAGGUGGAAUACUACCCAGAGCAGAAUAUUAUCUCAGCACACGUUUACUGCCAGCAGAGAGCACUGUUCAAUAAAACGAGAGGUUCUUUCCCUACUGCCAGCCUUCAGUCAAUGGCAUUUCCUGCCCUAGUUAGUUCAUGAAAGUCCAACAAGAGGGAAGCUCUCGAAACAGGCUCAAGGCACGGAUGAUCUGUAGAGAGGUAUGGGGAAGAACAUAGUGAGCAAAACCCAGUGUUUCUUGAGCCACAAUUGACCCUUUGUGAGGAGAACUUGGAAGAUGUUCAGCCUCACAGGCAAGAAAGGAACAUGGAGCAGUCUUGUUCUGAGUCACUGCCUUACACAUUGCUUUGCCCAGUCUAGUUCUGUGUACUCUGAAGGGCAGUGGCUCUCUGGGGACCCAGACAGAGGUUUUCCUUAACUCUACUACCUGAGACCCCUUUGACUCAGGAGUAGCUAACCUGGGUCCCUCCAGAGGUUGCUGAGCUACAACUCCUCUCUGUCCUAGCCAACACCCCGUCAUGGACAGUGUGGGUUGUAGUCCAGCAACUUCUGAAGGAUACAGAUUUUCUCACCCAUUUUAUCUGGAACUGACACACUCUGUCCCACACAAUCCCACGGGUUGUGCCCCUUCAUAAGGGCCAGCUUUUAUCCUUUGGGUGGCACAUUCUAGGCUAAAAAGCCAGAACUUUGCUCAGACUUUAGCACUGUUCAUGUUAAAAGGAGGAGCACGCUGGGUUCAAGCACACACUUGUCAUGUAAUCCUUCGCAGAGCAGAAGUGCGACCGUCUAACCCUAGGAAGUUCCAUCACAUAACUCCUGCAUUGCUCUUUGCUGCUAUUCUGUGCUGAUGUUUUGCUGUUGAGUGUUCUUGUCCUUUCAUUUUAUGAUUUUAACGUAAACUGUACUUGUUUAAUUGUCACUUUUUUUGUAAUCCGCUCCUGGACCGUUUCAAGGAAGGUGGGCUUAUAAGUACAAACACCUAGUAAAUAAAUAACCGCCUACUCACCUCCCUCUUUCUUGGCGGACAGAGAAAGACUGGACAGAUGAGGACCGUGUGAGGGAGAAGGUGCUGAUGCAAGAACUGGUGACCAUUAUUGAGCAGCGGAAUGCCAUUGUCAAUUGCUUGGAUGAGGACCGGCAAAGGUAGCAGAAGGGGAAGUGGUUGGAAAUGGCCUGCCUACUUCUAAAUAGUAGGGCUGGGGUGACUGUAAAGAUGGCUGUAGUUGCAUGGCCCCAAAUGCCAUUUUUAUAGUGAACAUCUUCCCUAGACAAGACACAAGAGCUUUGUCCAAGGGAGCGGGUGCUAGGAGCUUGCCCAAAGAUGUGGUGCAUUUGGGAUCUGAAAGAAUGGCUUUCCUACUUGGGCCAAGGAUGGUGAACCUGUGGCCUGUCAGUUGUUUCUGGACUACAGCUCCCAUCAUCCCUGACCAUUGGCCAUGGUGGCUGGGACUGAUGGGAGUUGGAGCCCAACAGCUUCUAGGGGAGGGCCAUAGAGCCCUAUCCCCCAGCAUAGAAACUAUUGGCUGGGCAGGAUUGGGAGAAGAGCAGCUUCUUGUGUGCUAUGGCAUAAUGACAUCUUUUUAGAAGCUUCACUUCAACUGUUCUGGCAAAGACCGGAUCUUACUAUUCCUUCUCCUUGUUUUACCAGGGAAGAAGAAGAGGACAAAAUGCUGGAAGCCAUGAUUAAAAAGAAAGGUAAGAGAGGUCCAGGAGUUAAGGCAUUGGUUCCUGGAAUAUUCUUUAUUAAAAUAUUUCUAACCCACCUUUCAUUUAGAUAGUUAAAACGACUGUUAACCAGGACACAACGUGCUUAUGUGUCCUUUCCAUACUGAACACACUAAAAGUAUGCACCCAAGCAAUUUGAAUUCUGCUCCAAGGAAAGCUGAAUUGUAUGACUUAAAUGCAAAAUUAAGUAAAUUUGCAUAAUUUUUCUUUUCUUUUUUUUUGUAAUCCUGCUGAUCACUCAGGAAAGUAGCCUUCUGCUUGCAGAUGCAGUAGGGGCAGGAAGCCAAGGUGGGGGGGAUUUGGGACGGAAAGGAUGUCAAAUGCUCCUCUGCUUUCUCCCCAAACUGCCUUUGGCCAUGGGUGGUGCAUGCAUGUUUCCUCUGUUGUUGGGGAAUAUCCCUCCCAGCACAGGGCAGCACAUAAUCCCUAUAGCCCAGGUCUUGUUCUUCAUCUCGGAAGCAGUUGCAAUACAGAAGGAGGAAGCUCUGAGACAUUGCACCUAAAUCUGAAUCCUUCCCUCUUAAUAGUUGCCUGGGGGCAAAGGGAAUCUAAGUUUUCCCUUCCCUUCUGCAGCAACUAUUUUAGAGGAAGAAUGAAAGCCAUGGAAAUUCUUUCAUGGAUGCAUGCUUGUUUUUGCUAAUUUGCUAAUUUAGUCUGGUUUUGCUAGCCACAGGGCAGGGCAAUAAACUAUGCAAGGCACUGAAAGCCCUGCCCCCAAACAUAGGAAAUUCAGUCUCCUUUAUGGCUUCUGAGAUUUUAACUCUGCAUUUUCAAGCCUUUUCUUCACAUCCAAAAAGGCUAGAAACCUUUUUCUGUCCUCCUGGUUUCUUUUUUCUUUUAAUCAGGAAACCAAAUUCAGUGACUAAGAAAACAUUACGGGUUUUUUCUGGACUCCUGCAGAAUGGCAGGAUAUACACAGCUUUGGGAUCAACCCCUGAACACCCAGGGAUAAUUCCAGCUUGAGACUGUAUCUAAUACAGUCAACUAAUACACCCUUUAGGUGCAUAUUUGUUUUGGCAAACAGCAAGGGUCACAAAUCUAUUUAGUGGUUGCUAUUCCUCCCUUUUUGCAUUUUUCCACAGGUGAUGAUCCUCCUUUCUCAAUUCCUUGCAGAAUAAUAAUUCCAGAUUCUGUAAACAAUGCUUGUCCUGACUUGACAAUUGGCCUGUUGUAUGAAGCAUGCAAAUAAGCAGAUUUAUGCUAAUUUAGCUAAUGUAAUCCCUUGAGGCAUUUGGAUUUUCUGGUUACUGAAUCUAAUUUUAGUAUAGAACUGUAGCGUCCAUGAUGUUACAAGCAUUUGCCAGGGUAGGCUUUGUUGCAUGAAGAUCCUGAUAUAUAUGGGAGGGCUUUAGCCCAGGUUCAGUCCCUGGCGUCUCCAAACAGUGUUGGCGUCUCCUGUCUGAAACCCUGGAGAGCUGCUGCCAGUGCUGAGCGCCUGUCUGACUCAGCUGAAAAGAGUUUUUUACCUUCCUCCCUUGCCCAACCCCAAGUGCAUUCCACAGAAAGUGAUCACUGUACUUUCUCUCUCCCCCUCCCUCCUUUCUCCAGAAUUUCAUAAGGAGACCGAAGCUGAAAGCAAGAAGAGAGGGAAAUUCAAGCCCAUGAAAGUGUUGAAACUGCUUGGGAACAAACAUGAGUCAAAGAGCAAGUCGCCCAAGGAGAAAAGCUAAAGCAGGAGGCAGCCAGAAGCGGGGAGGGACAAAAUCGGUCCUGUUUGGCCGGCCACCUGGCAAAUGGGGCUUCUGCCUCCUGCCCCUUCCCUGCCCUCCCGCCACCACCAAUGCUGUGCCUCGCCAUACACCAAAGCUGGCUUCCCUCGGAGAAAUUCCAUCAGCUUCCAUCAACAGAAGCUCCUUUGCCUAGUAAAAGGGGAGAGAGGUGGGGUAAGCCUAGUCAGCACUGAAAUAGUUGGAGGGACAGACUGGAGGAGGAAGCUACUUGUCUCUUCGGCUUCUGGGUAGGGGUGGGAAAGUGAAAUAGCUUUAGGCUUCCUCGGUUGUACGUGUGUACUUCUUAUUACUGGUUCUGAGCAGUGCAGAAUUUGGGUGUCUGUGGGAAACUUGCACUAAUUGUCCCCCUCCCGUCUCUCAACUGUGAUAGUCACAUGUGCCUCGUACCCCUCUCCUUCGGGGAGGAGGAGACUUUCCAUAGUAGUCCAGGGACGGGGACUCCUCUCCCCUGCUCCAAAUCCCUUUUCUCAUUAGCCUGCUAGUCAGAAAUCCCACUUGGGUCAUUUGGAAAGGUUUUGGGCUUUUGGAGCACGGUUAUUUUUUUGUUUUGGCUUAAAACUGUUAAACUGAGUAUCAUGGGAAACGCUUCCAUGCCAUAAGGGCGGAUAGAAACAGCCAAGAGCCUAACCAGUGGCCUAUUUCUCUCCUGCUGCCAAUGUGCUGCAAAUGCCGAGUCUCUUGGAAACCGUUUUUAGCAAUGCAGGGAGGAAAGCUUAAUGGGAUUGGAUUUUCAUGUACUUGGUAAGGUCUGAAUCGGACACUCACUGGGCCUUUUCACCCUCUUGGUUGCUGCUGCUAAAUUUCAUCCAUGGUGCUCUUCAAGGGACACAGUGGGCUGGGAAAGUGUCCAACGUUCCCCUCCACUGUGAGGGCAUAAGAUCUCAUGCUGUACUCGAUGCCAACAAGGUUUCCUUUUUGCCUUGCUCACCAGUGCUACCCUUAGCCCAUUUGGGAGGGAUUCCAGCUGCUCCCCCCUCGGCUUGACAUGUAUAUACUUUCCUAAGAGUGCAAGAGGGCUCCUUUCUAUACUGCUUCCUUAGCUUGAAUUUCCACCUCUCCCUUCCAGCUUUGUUUUUAUUUGUUUGCGUGUGUGUGUGUGUUUGCGUGUGUGCUGGGAGGGAAGGGGCCUUCCCACUUUCCUUUCUGCCUUCUCCUCCGAGUGGAGGAGCUAUUUAUUGAGAUGUUUGUUUGGUCUGAGUUAAACACUGAUAGUAUUGUAGGUGUUGGUUAGUCAGCUGUUAGUCUUGGGUUCUUGUUAGCAGAGUAGACUACCAGCCCAGAGCAAAUUGCUGUGCUGCCUUAUCCAAAUAUGAUGGAAUGUUUGGCCAGUCCCUGGCUAUGAUGCUCAGCCUACGCUGUCCCAGAAGGGGAUCUGAGUUCAUCAGUGUUGCCAGCGCUGGUUCGGGGCCUUGUUAUCAGUCCCCACAAGUGGAUGACAACCUCCUGCUGAAUCCUGCUCUCCACAGAAAGGCCACCCUGGGGUUUGAUCCCAGAGCACAACAUUCCCCUCUAAAACGAAACUGUUACAAAAUGCCACCAGAGACGCUCCCAUCACAAAUCCCCCUAGCCCUGAUGGACAGAAUUACACUGUAUUAACCACAAUCUCCACUUACAUGCAGGGAACAAACAAAUGAAAUAAAACUAUUGUAUUUAGCAACA